AUGCCUGUUUGUAUUUAUCUCAACCUUUUGCACUUUCCACAAGAAGCAACACCACUAUUAUUAACAAGAAGCGCUAAAACAUCCUUGAAGAUGGAUUCAAUGAACUGGGAAGAAGACAGCACGAAAAGCAUGUCCAGCGUGGAAAGUCAGUCUUUAAGAGACGUGGAGUACCCAAUCCGUGAGGAAACGGAGGUGCCAGGUACAAACGAGGGUCUCUUUAAGACGGUGCUCGUGGCCGGCACAGGAACGCGGCCCGUAAAGGGUGCGAAAGUGAAGGUUCACUACAUUGGCAAACUCGAGGCGGAUGGAUCGAAGUUUGACAGCUCUUUUGAUCGCGGAGAAUAUUUUGAGUUCACUCUGGGCAGUGGCCAGGUGAUCAAAGGCUGGGAUAAAGGUGUGGCCACGAUGCAGAUUGGCGAAACUGCAAUAUUGAAGUGCUCACCCGCGUAUGGCUACGGUGCAGCGGGCAGUCCACCGAAAAUUCCGGCCAAUGCCACUUUGUUGUUUGAGGUGACCCUUGUUGACUGGACACGCGAGGAGGACAUCUCGGAGGAAAACGACAAGUCCAUCAUGAAAAACCUCACCGUGGAAGGUGUCGGCUACGAAAAGCCUGGAUACGAAACGACGGUGAAGAUUGACCUGCGCGUGUACCGCGGUGCAAAGGAAGAGGGUAAAAUUUUGUGUGAGCGUCUCGGCUGGAGACUUGUUCUUGGUGACGCAGCCGUGCCUCCGCACCUUGAACAGUGCCUCUCGACCAUGCGCGAUCGCGAGACGGCGUCUUUCCGCAUCGCUGGCCACCGCAUCACGGAGCCAUGUGAGGAAUUCAACAUCGCCUCUGGUGAGCCGGUGACAUAUGUGGUGGAACUGUAUGGGCUCGAGACGGUGAAGAUAUGGAAGCUUGAGGGGCGGGAGCGUCUUAUUGAGUGUGAGCGACGGAGGCAACAGGGGAAUGACGCCUUCCGUGCUGGGAAACUGGAAGCCGCCAUGCGGAAGUACCGUCGCGCCAUUGAGUUUCUUGAGACGGACAGCGGCCUGAAGGACGAGGAAAAGGAGGAAGCACGUAAGGCACGUGUUAUUUUGUUUGGCAAUCUUUCGCAGGUACUACUGAGCCGGCAGAAAUUCAGUGAGUGUGUUGGCUACUGCGAUAAGGUCCUUGAAAAGGAGCCACAGAAUCCCAAGGCACUCUAUCGACGCGCGAAGGCAAAUUGCUUGUUGUGUGAGUGGGAUGAAGCCAAGCGUGACGUGGAGCAGUUGCUCGCCAUCGAUGCGCAGAACACCGAUGCAAAGGUGCUUCUGCAGCAAUUGCAGGAGAAACGAAGGGCAUAUGAAAAGAAGCAACAGGCUAUUUACAAAAAAAUGUUUACAUCAUAG